UUGGUCAAAUUUAUUUUUGUUUCGUUCUCCUUCGAGUUGUUAUCCAGCUCAGCGGCCUUGAAGCGGAACUACACGUCCCACAAUGCUUACAACUUCCUGUUUUGGUUCAUAAACAGAGUUCCGUUCAAAACCUGUAUUUACUCGCGAGAGAGACUUGAACUCAAAGGCGGGAGUCAGAUAAACACAAAAAAACUGCCAGGAUCAGACCUCGUCUGACAAGAAAUGGAUUCUGUUGACGAGGACUUGUCAGCUCGGAUCCUCCUGAAAAAUGUCCUUCAUGCAGAGCCAUCCAGGUCUCCCGUUACUCGCAGUAGGGCGUCGAAGGCUCAGCCCCCGGUCUCCGGCCCACGACAUAGUGCCAGGCUGAGGAGGAGUGAAGCUGGAGCUCUGACUCCCCAGGAGGCCUUAAGACACAGUAUGAAGCAGAAGCUGCGUGAGAGCACUUCCAGUCUGUCGUUGCCUCCCAAUAAAAGGCGGACCGUGUCUACUGUGGUGAGGAAGGUAAACAUACCUACCCCAACUGCAGUCUCACUUCUGUACCACGACGAGGACAUUACACCAAGGCACCUUCUGAGGGGCAUUCUGCAAACUGAGCCAGAGACAUCACUGCUCAUACAGGACCGGCCUAUCAGGAAGGAGCUUGUGCUUCCUUCAGCAGACUCCAGUCUCAACAGCAACUGUCCAAGUACUGGGCUGUCAGGACUGGACUUGCCUGAUUUGACCACGAUGGACGUGUGCAACCCUGUGAAAGCACUGAGUAGAAAGCGACCACGCCGGAGCCUUAACGUUACAGCGUUCGAGGGGCAUCUGGAGGAUGGUGGAGACCAGGAAGGUGCAAAAUCUGCAGAGGACCUCUCAGCUUUGUCUUCCAAUUCUUUGAACUCUGUCACCCUAAGUCUGAAAACUCCCUUUGUUGACAAACGUCCUGAGAUAAGGGGUCUUCAGAGGAAGGUAGAACAUUGUCAUAAAAUCGAUGUGGAGGAAUUUGAUGCAGCCGUUCAGGGUCGAGAGAGAGGUGGACAUCCAGAUUUGUCUGUUGGAUUGCAGUCUCACUGUGAGACUGUGGAGCAAGAAGGCUUCACCUUGCACCUGACUGAUCUCAACGACCCUGACCUCACAAGUGAUAUCAUUGGCAGCACAGAGCUCUAUGCCCAACCUGCCACCAUGAGUGAGACCUUCACCAUCACACAGGAUAAAGACACUGUUACCGCUACUCAGAUGCAGAGAGACUUGGAGGGAGUGAAGGAUAAACAGGAGGGAGAGGAGAUGGAGCUAGAGGAAAGAACGGAAAGGAUGUCUGGAGAAACUGGGCAGAGAGGAGGCUCACUGAGACCAGAAGGAACCGCAUCACAAACAGAGGAAGUGGAUUUUGGACACUUUCUGACAGGGGAAGAAAAUGCAGUAGGAUCUCAGACAGGAGUAGGAGGAGAACGAGAAGCAGCAGGAACAUCUCAGACAAGUGAAGAAAAUGACCAAGCCGAGUCUCAGACAGGAGAAGAAGAAGAAGGAGAAGAAGCAGCCGAGUCUCAGACAGGAGAAGAACAAGAAGAACAAGAAGCAGCAGAGUCUCAGACAGGAGAACAAGAAGCACCAGAGUCUCAGACAGGAGAACAAGAAGCACCAGAGUCUCAGACAGGAGGAGAAGAAGUAGAGUCUCAGACAGGAGAACAAGAAGCACCAGAGUCUCAGACAGGAGGAGAAGAAGUAGAGUCUCAGACAGGAGAACAAGAAGCACCAGAGUCUCAGACAGGAGGAGAAGUAGUAGAGUCUCAGACAGGAGAAGAAAAAGCAGCAGAGUCUCAGACAGGAGAAGAAGAAGAACAACAACAACAACAAGAAGCAGCAGAGUCUCAGACCGGAGAAGAAGAAGCAGAGUCUCAGACAGGAGAAGCAGCAGUGGAGUGCGACUGGGAAGACGGUGGGAAGCGGGUAUCAGAGCACUUCAGUCAAAGAGCGUUCCGUUCAGAAGGUGGGGCCAAGCUGCCUGUUAUUAUGGAAGGAGGGAGGGGCUAUAAGAGCAUGGGGGAGACUCUUCACCCAACAAAUCCAGGUGGUGCUGGACGGAGGGCUGAGGGAGACCUGCCUAAUGAGUUGCAGAGUGGGCCUGGUGCAUCAGAAAGUCAAGACCUCCACACAGUUACCCUGGGCAGUGUCUCUCCAUCACCGCACCACCUGGGAAACAAAGCAGAACAGGGGGGUCCCAGUGGAGCUGAGGACAGUCCUGGUCAUGUGGAAGAGAACUCCAUGCCUCCACUCGAGAUGAUUGCAGAACCAGAGUACCACACCACCAACAGAGAUUCCUCUCCACUGCACUCCCAGAGCCAGGUGGAGGAGGAGGAGGAGGGGGGGGAGGAAGAAGAAGAGGGAGAGGAUGGGAGUGAGAGUGAAGAGCUCUCUAUGAAGACUCCUGCGUUUGUCAGAGAGAGAAGGAAAGCUCCGUCCCUGGACACCCUAGCCACACCCACUGUCUUCAGAGAGAGUCAGCCGAGUGUGUCGGUGGGGGGGAAGAAGCCCAAGGCAGCAAGGAAGAAGCGGGCUACCUCAACAAAAGACUCUGGGCUCCCCAAAAGCUACAUCAUGAGUGUGUUCAAACACUUUGCCAAGACCAAGGUUUCUGCUGAUGUUUACCCAGUCCUCAAAGAGAUAAUGGAGCGCUACUUUGAUCGCCUCUCUGAUGACUUGGAGACAUUUGCUGCUCAUGCCAAGAGGAAAACCAUUGAGGUGGAAGAUGUGGAACUUCUACUGCGCAGGCAAGGCUUUGUGACUGAAUGUACACCAGUGAAUGUUCUGAUAGAGAAAUACCUGCCAAUGGAAUAUCGCAAGCUCCUUAUCCCAGUGGCAACCAGUGGGAACCAGGUUAUUCCUAAACAAAAGAGAUGAAGAACUGUCUGAAGACUUGAGGACAUCAGCCUGCAUUAUGUAUCAGGCUGCUGUUGUUAACCGUGACCAUAUAUUAUCCUAGAGUUGUUUAUUUGUUUGUCUUUUAUAUCGGAACAGAUAUCAUAUAAUAAAACGUGUCUAAUUUUA